AAUUUGAUGCGUUGCGGACGAUUUAUAUGUGCGUCUUACAUAUUACAUAUUUCUUAAUUUCUCCUUUUUCUUUGCCACGAUUAAACGGGUUUCACUGGGCAUUCCGUAGGGCUUUGAUAUUGGAUGAUUCAUACCCUUAGCUCUCCACCCAAAGAUCCUUCUGGCGUCGUAAUGAGUUGCGUUCUCCCUGUCACCGCCGCAUCUGUCUCGUCCCUGUCUCCGCUCUCCGUGAGGCUGUGGCGGAGUUAGAUGAGCCGCUGUUGAUAGCUGGCUGCCCGGCACUUGUAUAUAACCCGAGGCCGUCACCAUGUUCUUCUCUCGCUGUUGGCAAGAUAAAUCAUAAACACAUUUGUACACUCUACAUACAUCAUUAUCAUUGCUGUGCGGCUUAACGGCUCGCCCUUUUAUAAGAUCAGGGUUACCAUCUGUGUGUUCUCGCUGCUGGUUCUUUGACAAUUAACCUCGCACUUUAAGUGCUCGAUCGAGUCCCCUCAGCACUUUCUGUUUGUCGCCGGCGUGCGAGUAAAGAUCGAAUAUGGCGUACUUGGCGUAUAAAUGGUACAAGAACAGGAAGAAUAAACUGCCUGUCGAGUCGAGCGAGCCGGACACCAGCGAGCCCAGUUAUCCCACUGAGCCAAGCAAGCUCUACGAACCCACCAAGCCCACCAAAGCCAGCAAACCAACCAAGUCCGAGAAAAAGCGUGAUUGCAUCCACCGUCGCGGUGUCAGCCAGAUCUCAGAGUCGGCGAUGGAGCUCACAGCCCACCCCGACGGCGCGCCAGAAGUCCACGAAAAGACGGACUUGGUCGAUAACUCAUCUCCCUGUGCGGAGUGCAAGGAGGCCAAACGAGCCGCGAGGAUAUACCGGUGGCGCAUUAUAUCAGGUCUUUUCGUGCCCUUCCUAGUCCAGUCUCUCGAUGUCACAAUCAUCGCCGGCGCACUUCCCUUCAUAGCAUCUGAUUUCAAUCAACUCGCGCAACUCAACUGGAUCGUCUCAGCCUUCAACCUCACCUCCGCUUGCUUCAUCCCCUCCUGGGGCCAACUCGCCGACGUCUUCGGCCGCUACUACGCCAUGCAAUUUUCCCUCAUCUUCAUGGUCAUCGGCAGCGUGCUCUGCGCCGCCGCGCCGGUGACCUCCUUCCCCAUGCUGCUCGUCGGGCGCGCACUCCAGGGCAUUGGCUGUGCGGGCAUGCUCAUCAACACCAAGGUCAUCUUAGCAGACAAAGUGACGCUAGAAGAGAACGCCAAAAACAAUACUAUCUUCACGAUCGUCGGGGGCGUAGGAUACGGCAUCGGGCCCGUGGUAGGGGGAUACCUGACGCAAGUCAGCUGGAGAUGGUGUUUCAUCAUUAAUAUUCCCUUGGGACUCAUUGGGAUGGUUCUCGUGCAUUUCGUGCUGCGGCCUGAGCUCCUCGGCCCGCAGGAGAUAAAGCGGGUUGACGGAGUGACAGACGUCAAUAUCGAGCAGACCUUCAAAGCGCGACUCCUCACCAUCGACUAUGGCGGGCAGAUCCUGUUCCUCUUCGGACUUGGGCUUCUCGUCCUGGCGCUCACAUGGGCUGGGUCUUCCUACGCCUGGAACUCCGUCCAAAUCCUCGCCCCACUCAUCAUCGGUGUCGCACUCCUUGCCGCCUUCAUCGUCUGGGAAUAUCUCAUGCUCCCCGGUCACUUCCUGUCGCGGCGCAACCCGACUCGGAAGGCCAUGCUCCCCUUCAAGCUUCUCGUUGCACGCAACGUCAGCAUCCUGAUGUACAUCUCCUUCCUAACCGGCAUGGCCAUGUACGCCGUCUUCUACUUCGUGGAUCUCUAUUUCGCGCUGGUGCACGGCAAGGACUCGGGCGAGUCUGGGGUGAACCUUCUGUACUAUCUCCCCGGCCUCGCCGCGGGUUCAUACAUGGCCAUGUUCGCGUGUAACGUGUGGCCGCUGCAGACGUUCGCCACGCUCUUCCUUGGCGUUGUGCUUGAGCCGCUUGGGCUCACGCUCAUAGCUCUCGCGCUCGACAAGGAGGGCAUGCCGUUCAUCAUCGGUAUGCUGGUGCUGACGGGUGUGGGAACCGGGGUGCGCUUCAUGCCUGGGACGCUGCAUGGUAUCGGGUACUACCCGCGCCAGAUUGCGUCGAUAGUGAGUUUGAUGUCGUUGAUGGUCUCGUUGGGUGGCACGAUCGCGACGACGCUGAUGUUGAAUAUCUUCAACAACACGCUGAGUCAGGGGGGUAUCAAUUUUAGCUCUGCGGGGUCGAGUAGUUUCGAUGCGAUUGCGGGGCUGGGCCCGGUGGAGCAGGAGUAUAUAAGGGGUAAGGCGAAGAGGGGGAUUGUGCUUGCGUUUUAUGCGUUGAGUAGUUUUGGGUGGCUGGGAUUGAUUUUCACGCUGGCGCUGGGGAAUGUGACGAUUGGGAAGAAGGGGAAGGCGGAUAAGGUUGUUAAGGGGAGUUAUUUGGGGAGUUUGUUUAGGGGGGAGAAGCCGAGCGAGGUGGAGUAGGAGUAUAAAAGAAGGGGUAGAUGGGCGAGGGUUUACUAGACAUAUAUUUCUGCUUUGUUAUAUAAUUUAAUUUUUGGGUUCGAUGAGAACUAGGAAGGUCAUACUCGGAAGAUUUCAAACAGUUGCAUCUAGUCGGAAUUAGACCUCUGGAACUAAUCAACAAAACUCACAGAUUCACAC